GCAGCUCCGGAGGCCGCGAUUUCACAUCGGAAACAAAACAGCCGCUGCUGGGCAGGAAACCUCAGUUGCGAGCGGCCGGCGGCGGAAAAAGAGUAGACCUACUCCGGGAACCUACAAGUGACAGCAGCCUGCAAGUUCCUUAGAAAGCUUGGCUGGGAAAACACAUGAAAGAAAGAACCCCAAGUGGCUUUGUUUUCUGUGAAAAGGUAUUUCUGUACAGUUGCUUCAAUGACAGAGUUACCUGCACCCCUGUCCUACUUCCAGAAUGCACAGAUGUCUGAAGACAACCACCUGAGCAAUACUGUACGUAGCCAGAAUGACAGUCGAGAACGGCAUGAGCAUGGCAGCGAGCGACGGACGCGGGCCAACCCUGAGCCGGUGUCUAAUGGCCGACCUCAGGGCAACUCACAGCAGGUGGCAGAGCAAGAUGAAGAGGAGGAUGAAGAGCUGACGUUGAAAUAUGGCGCCAAGCAUGUCAUCAUGCUCUUUGUGCCUGUGACUCUGUGUAUGGUGGUAGUCGUAGCGACCAUCAAAUCUGUCAGCUUUUACACCAGGAAGGAUGGGCAGCUAAUCUAUACGCCAUUCACAGAAGACACGGAGACCGUGGGCCAGAGAGCCUUGCACUCAAUUCUGAAUGCUGCUAUCAUGAUCAGUGUCAUUGUUGUCAUGACUAUUCUCCUGGUGAUUCUGUAUAAAUACAGGUGCUAUAAGGUCAUCCAUGGCUGGCUAAUUAUUUCAUCUCUAUUGUUGCUGUUCUUUUUCUCAUUCAUUUACUUGGGGGAAGUAUUUAAAACCUAUAAUGUUGCCAUGGACUACAUUACUGUUGCAUUCCUGAUCUGGAACUUCGGUGUGGUGGGAAUGAUUGCCAUCCACUGGAAAGGUCCUCUGCGACUCCAGCAGGCCUAUCUCAUUAUGAUCAGUGCCCUCAUGGCCUUGGUGUUUAUCAAGUACCUUCCAGAGUGGACUGCGUGGCUCAUCUUGGCUGUGAUUUCAGUUUAUGAUUUAGUUGCCGUUUUGUGUCCAAAAGGCCCACUGCGUAUGCUUGUUGAAACAGCUCAAGAGAGAAAUGAAACACUGUUUCCAGCUCUCAUUUACUCCUCAACAAUGGUGUGGUUGGUGAAUAUGGCAGAAGGAGACCCAGAAGCCCAAAGGAAGGUGCCCAAAACCUCCAAUUAUAAUACACAGAGCACAGAAAAUGAACCACAGGACUCUACACCAGAGAGUGAUGAUGGUGGCUUCAGCGAAGAGUGGGAGGCCCAGAGGGAUAAUCGCCUUGGGCCUCAUCGCUCUACAGCUGAGUCGAGGACUGCUGUACAGGAACUUUCCAGCAGCAUCCUAGCCAGUGAGGACCCAGAGGAAAGGGGAGUAAAACUUGGGUUAGGAGACUUCAUUUUCUACAGUGUCCUGGUGGGUAAAGCCUCCGCCACAGCCAGCGGAGACUGGAACACGACCAUAGCCUGUUUUGUAGCCAUAUUAAUUGGUUUGUGCCUUACAUUAUUACUCCUCGCCAUUUUCAAGAAAGCAUUGCCAGCUCUUCCAAUCUCUAUCACCUUUGGGCUUAUUUUCUACUUUGCCACAGAUUAUCUUGUACAACCCUUUAUGGACCAACUAGCAUUCCAUCAGUUUUAUAUCUAGCAUAUUUGCAAUUAGAAUCCCGUGGAUUUUUCUCCUUUGACUAUAAUAAAAUAUGGGAAGGACAAAGGUGAUUUUCCUGUGUCCACAUCUAACAAAGUCAAGAUUCCAGGCUGGACUUUUUGUAACAUCCUUCCAAGUCUUCCUGACCACCUGCACUACUGGCACUGGAAGGAGGUAUCUACAGAAAACGGUUUUGAACGUAACAUCACUAUGAUGGACAGAGUCCCUCGCUGCAAAAACUACUAGGUUUGAGGGACAAGGACGAGGCCAGGCGAUGGGUCAAGAAGUCGCUGUGCAGCCACUGGCAGUUUGAGCCUCUGUUACAAGAGGAUUUUACCAACUGCGGACUCUCAGGACUGCCAUACCACGAGGUUAGAUGGCGUGUUUUCAGUCACACAGGACUCUUCACCGUGAACUACAUGUUGAAAAUCAACCUAAUAAAUCUGUAUUGAAUUCUGAACCUUUUCCAGAGGUAUAAAGAGAGCAGGCCCUGGAAGGCAAAAGGGAAAGAUAGGGAGGGGCUCAAACUUUCACUUCAGGCUUUUUUGCUGCGGACUUUUUUGUUUUUGUCUUUGUUUUUUACCUUCAGUCAAGUCAAGUGAAUAGGUUGAUUUUGGGGACCUUUUGUCCCCAAGCACUGAAACUUAUUGCCAUCUGUGGUUGCCAUUUCUUCCCAAGGCCAGUCUGAACUUCUUUGAAGUCUCUUUAUCUUAAAAGUCUUAACCUCAGGUUCCAAAAUCAGUCAUUUCUGGAAAUAGUGGCACGACUACACAAUGAUUCUUUAUCAUUCUUGGGAAAUUUCUGGGUCCCACCAACCUUUAGACACACCCGUAGGCCCCGGCCCCCAGUGCCGCCUCUGCUCCCUUUGUCCUGCCCACCCCCACCUAAGCAGUUCUUUCAGUUCUUUUCUACAGCAAGGAAGACAGCUCUGUGUGGUAACAGAUGAUUCAGUUAUCCUAGGAUUUUACUCUUUGUGGUACAAAGAAUGUUAUAAAUCAUUCAGCCUCGCUGUCACAAUUUCCUCAAUAGCAAAUACAAUGUGUGCCCAAGGAUAGAAAUUAAAGAAGAGCGCAGUGACUGCUAAAGCA